AUGGACCGUGCCGAGGACAAAUCUGCGCCUCAACAUCCCGGCGUUGCUCAACUGGGAACAUUCGCAAAGCUCCCACUUGAACUUCGUUGGACGAUAUGGGAAUCUGUCUUCGAUGAAAUACAUUCCACCCCUUUUGCUUUAGCUAUCUCGCGUUGCAGCCGAUACCUCUAUCAAGAGAUAUCAGACCAUCUUUUUGAGGACUUCGAGCACGAGUUUCAAGUUGCGGGCGGGCUGAGAUUCAAUUUUACUACCAGGCGGACACACAGCCACGGAUGGGAAUUGAAGAAUAUUGAAGCUGUUCGCAACCAUCUCCAUACCUUUCCUUGGAGAAAUGUCGGGGGUAAAAUGUUUGUUAACAUUUCCCCUCCCCCCCCAAGAAGCCCCGGUCAAGUCGUGCAAAUAUGGCAGAAGGCCAACCAACUCAUCGAUACAUUAAAGACAACGCAUUCGGCUCCUUCAGUAUGGGUGAGUCUACUAGAGGAUUGGUCGAGGGAUGAAAAACCACAAGAGAGUAUCACAUACACCAAGGGAUAUCGCCCCGAUCAUGAUAUUGCAAUCAUCCCUUUCACACGCCUUUCAAAUUGGUACUAUCGAAUACCACCGGCCUAUUCUGCCACGGUAGCGACCGAACGCGAGUUACCAGAGAAGUCUCAAUCUCUUCUAUACCAAUAUGGGAAUGAUUUUAAAUCAAACGACUGGUGUUGCAUUACCACGGCGCCUAAAAAUUGGCUCACCGAUACCCGAAUCUUUCUUGACAGAAAGCUCGAUGAUAUUCCUGGAAAAACGGCUGGAGCUCUUCGCCUGGAACGAUUCCAAAACUGGUUCCAGGGUAGCUGGGUCUCGGAAUACGAAAAGCAAUUCACUGAGGAUCUCCAGAAACACCUACACAUUGUCCUAAGGCAUGACAUGGCAUUACGUGGCGCUAUGAGAAGACACAAGUUGUUGAUCUUGCUUCACCAUGCCUAUCGUGCCUCACAGGAUGACCAAGAGAAAGUGGAGGCUGCUUUGGAUGAAGGGAACCCUGUAAUUUACAAGCAUUGGAAUCCUCAAGUCUGGUCGGACUACUUCGGAGAUUGUAUGCCGAGCCUCAACUACUGGUUGGUCGAUGACAGGAUGGACCGAAAUUAUCGGUCUUGUAUAUAUUGGGGUUAUAGGAAACGCACGGUGUUUGGGAUUAUUUUAGCUGGAGCACUUCAACCAUGA